GGUAAAAGCAAGAUUAGUUAAAAUACGUUCUCUCCACAAAACUAAACGCGGUAAUUAAUUCCAUUUACAGAUCGAAAAAGGGCUGAGGAAGUGCAUGUUUUGGAGCGGCUUCGGCACACUGAGCCCCGACGGAUUUUCAGACAAAGGAUGCUAUGUAGUUACGUCGGAAAGCAACUCUGAAGAAACAGUUUGCAGCUGCAAUCAUUUCACUCAUUUUGCUGUCUUAUUUGACCACAGUGAUAGCACAGAGCUUUCCGAGCAGGACGAGACUGUGUUGGAGAUUAUUACCUGUGUAGGAUUAAGCCUUUCUAUUAUCGGAAUAAUUUUAACAAUAGCCUUGUACUCUUCCCUUAAAGACAUCCCUCAACCUCUAUAUCAAAUUCGAAUAAGCCUUUGUUUGUCACUCGGAGCUGGACAAGGAACGUUUCUCGCCGGAAUAAACGCCACAGAAAACACGGCCGCCUGUGUUGCGGUAGCAGCUCUGAUACAGUAUUUUCUGAUGGCCGCCUUUUGCUGGAUGCUGGUUGAGGGAAUUUAUCUCUACCUGUUUAUUGUGAAAGUUUACAACAUCAACACCAAGAUGCACAUGUAUCACGUCAUCGCAUGGGGUCUCCCUAUGAAUAUGGUGGCCAUUUCCCUUGGCAUUGCUGGUGGGAAAGAAGGAAUACAAAGCUAUAUCAGUGACAAAUAUUGCUGGCUACCCUCGACUAGCAAUCUGAUCUGGAUUUUCGUUGCCUUUGUGGUGUUCAUUGAAGUUCUCAACAUCUUGAUACUCGUGCGAGUCAUAAAAGAGAUGACCAAUUUGGUACAGCCAACAGCGGAAGACAACCAUUUUCAGCAAAUGCGACUUGGUAUCAAAGCAUCCGUUGUGAUGAUUCCUUUACUGGGUGUCACUUGGCUAUUUGGUUUUCUUUCGCCUGUACACAAAGCUUUUGCAUACAUUUUCACAAUACUCAACUCUACUCAGGGUUUCUUGAUUUUCUUUCUUCACUGUUUGCGAAAUACUCAGAUAAGAGAGCAUCUCAAAAGAAAGAUGAAUGCCGUUUUUAAGUCUUCAAAUGAGGACAACUCCACAAGGAAGAGCCCACAGGUCAAUUCAAGUGAGGUUGGCGAUGUACGGGCGGUUGAAUUGCAGUCUCGCAGUAAUUUUGAACCGAAGUUGCAUUGUAAUUAGGUAACUUGACUCGACCAUCAGGCAAUACUCAUUGAUUGUUCAUUACGAUCGUUUGGUUUAAACCGAAAAAUCGGUUGUAAUGGAGAUGAGUUUCAUUCUGUAGAUAAAGAAAGGUUACCCUCUUCGUUAUGGUUUUAGCAUCAACUAGUUCCAAGUGUUACUUUUUUUCAAAACUAUAAACACAUUUCCGAAAUGAUUACAUAUUUCUCGAAAGUUUCUUUAGUAGCAGACUGAAUUUUCCACACAAAGGCUCAAAUCAUCGUAGCUAACUAAUCUAGAAAAUAUCGUUCAUGGUUCUGUUUACAAUAGCUUAGCUGCUCUGCUAAUAACUGACCUUCGAAGAAGACUGCAAUCUUCUUUAGAUGUGCCAGGAAUUCAUGUAAUGAAGUUAUUACUCAUUUCUCUUCAAUUAGCAUUGUAUUUAAUCACAACAUGAAUUUAAUUGUCUCAUUCAAUUCAUGCACGGUGAACUUAUUGCACGAUGGUUUCAUAUUUCAUAUGUGACCUAUUACGUAUUGAGUGGAUAAACUACUUUUUUUAAGUAGUAUCUUGCUAAUGUAAUAGUAGCAGCCUCAUUUAACAUAUGAAUUUCUUGCUUAUAAAUGAAUAGAAUGAUGAAUAGAUGGAUGAAUGCAGAAUUAAUGGAGAAAUUAGUAGAUU